CUCGAGACCAAAUCUACUCCCGCACUAACACCACUGAACACAUUAGAUCAGCAUCCGCAGAUACGUACUACUCUACAAUUCGCAAUGAGCAAGAAAGCUGCUGUGCCCGACGCCUGGGACGACGACUGGGAGUCUCUUGCCGAUAAGCAGAACUCUGUACCCCAACCUGAAGACCCGCCUGCCGAGGUUAAGAUAUCUAAAUCUGAGCGCAAAGCAAAGCAUCAGGAACUGAAUAAGCAACUCUGGGAUUCCGCUGAAAACGCCGAUAGUCGCCUCUUCCUGGAAGCAAAGAACAAUGUUCCCCUGAAGUCUACUUUCAAGCCGAGCGUCACUGUGCUUAGUCGCAAGCCGCCGCCAAAAGUGCUGUCACGCAACGACGCGACCUCGGGAAUGGGUGGGCUGAAGCUCGAUGACGAUGAAGACAGUGAAGAGGAAGCAAGAAAGAGAAGGGCUGAGUCUGUAGCCGAGCAACGCGUACGCACUCAGCGCGAACGUGAAGAGAAGCAGCGCAAGUACAACGAGGUGCGCGAGAAACUAUUCGGGACCUCAGCCACCCCAGCCGAGGAAUCUCAAGGUCGCGCGUCUCCUAGCCGGCAGUCGAGAGGCAAGGGCAAGGGAAGAGGCGGGCGGGACAGCCAGCCAUCGUCCAGCAAUGAUCAGUCACCUGCCCGAGCCGGGAACAAUCAGAGGAGACAGCUUUACGAUCCGGCGUACUCGAUCAAGCCGAAUUCCGUGUACAUCCAGAAGAAAGAGGCUGCAGAUAGUGGACCCGGCAGUCGGCCGGCCACGCCAAAUGAACUACAGCCAAUCCGUGAGCCUCGUGGGCCGAACUCGAGUGGACGAGGGGGCUUUGGAUUUGCGCCCAGGGGAGGAGCCACUGCGUAGUUCAAUUGGCUCGGAAAACACACGAUGCGAUGAUCCUGCCCGGGUGAUGCCUUGCUGCAUACCAAGCCGGUACUCCAGGUCCUGCAGAGCGGUAGAUGAGCAUUCCGCUUGACACGCAAUCCGGGUUGGCUAAUCGAAUCCGCAAAGCAGACUGGAGCAAACCCAGCUUCAUGUAGCUACCCC